AUUAGCAAUUAGCAAAUUAAAUAAGCGCCGAGAUAUGUUGUGUCACAACAAAUCUUCAAAUUGAAAAAGAACCUAUAAAAAAGUACUUAUAUUUAUGGUGUUGUUUAAAUGGUCUAGUUUGCGAACAAGACUUUUUAUGUUACUUGUAGAUCAGAUGUAGAUAUAGUGUCAAACAACUACUGUCUAUUUGAAUAGUACUAAAUUGUGUUUUUAAUGGCGGAAAAGGAAAAGGAGAGGAAGAAGCAUUCCAAACUUCGGACUGUAAUAUCCAAAUCCAAGGCUCAACUUUUCAAAUCAGUGGCAAUCUUCAGAUGGUUGCCCAACUACACGAAGAAUGAUAUUCUGGCAGAUUUAAUUGCCGGAUUAACGGUUGGCUUGACUAUGAUACCUCAAUCCAUAGCUUAUGCUGGUCUGGCAGAACAACCAGCUGAAUAUGGACUGUAUACAGCCUUUGUGGGAUCCUAUGUGUAUAUUAUUUUUGGAACUAUUAAGGAAGUUUCCAUAGGACCAACAAGUUUGAUGUCUUUGUUAACUGUAUCGUAUACGAUCGGGAAACCGGUAGAGUACGUUGUUUUACUUACAUUUUUGGCUGGAUGUGUGGAACUGUUCAUGGGACUUUUAAAUUUAGGUUUUGUAGUGGACUUUAUAUCACCAUGUCUGACUUCUGGAUUCACAUCUGCUACUUCUAUAAUUAUUAUAACAGCGCAGUUGAAAAAUCUCUUCGGAAUAAAUAUAAAAAGCCAUAACGUUCGACAGAUACUUAAAGAAUUCGUUCAAAAAGUUGACCAAAUUAAACUGGCUGAUACUGUAAUGGGAUUUAGUUGCAUUAUUUUCCUUUUAAUAUUUAAGUAUAUAACCACAGCAAUCAAACCAAAAAACCCUACAUUGAAGAAAUUUCUGUGGUUAAUGUCUAUAUCGAAGAAUGCCAUCACAGUAACGCUGGCCACCAUAGUGUCAAUGUAUUAUAGUCAAAGUGGCGUUCCUCCUUUUAAAAUUACUGGAACGGUUCCCACGGGAAUUCCAGAAGUCAAGUUUCCUUCAUUGACUGCUCAAAGUGGCAAUCAGACGAUUGGAUAUACAGAUAUGUUGGCAGACUUGGGUGCUGGAAUUGCAGUAGUGCCAUUUGUGGCCGUGUUGGCUAAUGUAGCUAUUGCAAAGGCUUACAGUAUUAAUACAGUGGUAGAUGCGUCUCAGGAGAUGAUGGCCCUAGGUUUAUGUAAUAUACUUGGUUCUUUUGUUAGAGCUAUGCCCAGUACUGGUGCCUUCACUAGGUCUGCUGUAGCAAGCCAUAGUGAUGUACGAACACCUUUUCAAGGACUUUAUUCAGGGACAGUGAUAGUUUUUGCCCUUAGUCUCAUGGCUCCUUACUUCUAUUAUAUUCCAAAAGCCGUUUUAGCUGCAGUUCUAAUCACAGCAGUUAGCUCUUUAUUGGACUAUAAGAUACUCCCAAUUUUAUGGAAAUGUAACAAGGUAGACCUUUUCCUGACCGUGGGAACAUUUAUCAUAGGCACUUUCUUUGGUGUUGAAGCUGCUCUCGUUUUAGGAAGCAUUUUAAAUUUAUUGAUUCUACUUAAAAUGUGGUCGAGACCCAAGAUAAAUACUGACGUCAAAGAGAUAAUAGAAACUCAAAUGAAGUAUCUUUAUUUAAAGCCUGAAUUAGGUCUUUACUACCCUGGUGCUGAUUAUUUAGCUGAAUGUAUAAAGAAGAACAGAAACGAAUACCCAUCUUUACCUAUUGUUUUGGAUUGCUCAAAUUUUCUUAGACUAGAUUAUUCAGCAGCAAAGACACUCAUCAAUAUCCUACGAAUCUUCAAUUCUAACAAAACAGUCUUCGUGAUGAUCAACGUAGAAGACAACAUCCUCAACACCAUGAAAACUAUCCCAAAUUCCAAAUCUGUUUUAAGAUUUUGCAACAAGACCAAAAGUAUUCCAGAAGUAAUCGUUGUUAACGAAGAAGAAGAAAACGAAGAAGAUCUUCUAUUAAAGCUGAAUCGUGACAUGAAGUCAAUAGAAAAGUCUCUAGAAAUUUUGCAAAUGUUAGAGAUCGAUAAUAGUAGAAGUUCUUCGACCUGUUCUUUAGGUACUACUAGUACUAAAUCACCUGUUAGUGAAAAUACCAGAAAAUUUUCUGUUCGUAGUUUAAAAUAGUAAUAAGCAAUUGAAGAUGUUUUUGUUUACAAUAAAAUUUAUUUUUUAUAAAUGA